AUGCCUAGCCACUACAAUACCCACGCAAGAAGAAGGCGGAACGCGUUGUGGCGCAAGAACAUUAUCACCGCCAUUCUCUCUCUCAUACUAGGAUUUGUCUUGUUCAAAGUGCUCCAAGCUCGUAUGAGCGAUACGAGACCGCGAGUCACGCAUGCGGACAGAUACUCAAAAGAAUACAAAUACAGACCAGCGGCUAGCCCAAUCGUCACCGAAGUCCUCGAUGACGGUACUAUCAGACUCCGUGGCGCAAACCACCACGACACGCAUGCCCGUAUUGAUCAUUGUUACUUCUGUUCUGGAAACGUAUACCCAGGUCAUGGAACUGCAUUCGUGCGCAACGACAGCAAAUACUUUAGAUUCUGUUCAUCAAAAUGCCAUAAGAACUUCAAGAUGAAGCGUAACCCACGUAAGCUCAGAUGGACCAAGGCGUUCCGUAAGGCUGCUGGCAAAGAGAUGACGAUUGACUCUACACUCGAAUUUGAGAAGCGUAGACACGUUCCAGUCAGAUACAACAGAACAUUGGUCGCAACCACGCUUAAGGCAAUGAAGAGAGUUGGAGAGAUUCGCAAGCGUCGUGAAGUUGCAUUUUGGAAAAACAGAAUGGCAGCCAACUCGCAAAGGCGCAAGCUGGCAGACAAGAAGGAAGUAUCUAAAUCUAUUAAUCUUCUCCCUGGUAUCAAAGCAAGCACCAAAGCAGCCGCAUCUGCUCAAACAGCAAAGCAAAAAGUCAAAGUACCAAAGAACAAGUCUUCAAAUCUUGCUUCUGCAGGUGGUUCCGGACAAAAGAUGACUAUGGAUAUGGACUAA